AUGGGGCUCGGAAAGCCGCUCGGACCGUGGGGUGAGUUUGGGGAGAGGUUGGUCGCUUUGGGGACUGAACGAGGAAGCAUGCCGUGGAGGCUAUUUAAAAAAAAAGGCGGGGAGGGCUAAAAGCCCAUAUAUUUUUACCCGGGAGUAAGCCUUGUUGAACAUAGUGGGGGUUUUUUCCUUGAAAAAGGCGUGGAAUAACUUAUUAUUAUUAUUAUUAUUAUUAUUAUUAAGGCUAAGGGUGUAAAUGAGAAGGGUUCUGGGGAACCGGCCCAUCGCCUCAAAGUGCUUCCUGGUCUACAUUGCCUCCUAACUCUGCUUAAUAAUAAUAAUAAUAAUAAUAGUUUAUUAUUUAUACCCCACCCAUCUUCCGCUUCGAGCAAAAUAUUAAAAUACAAUAAUCAUAAAAUAUUAAAAGCUUCCCUAAACAGCACUUCCCACUUCCUACAUAGGUGGUUCUAGAUUCAGGUAGGUAGCCGUGUUGGUCUGAAGCAUUCGAGAUAAAUAAUAAUAAUAAAAUUGUCUGUAAGGUGCACCUGGACAGUUUUUUAAUUUUUUAUUUCAAGUGCAUAGGCGGUGUUUAUCCUGUGCGUCUUUUGCAAGCCGCCUUCUCAACAUGCUUGCUCUCAAGUAAGCCCUCUAUUUCACUUUUAGCCAUACCUAGAAGCUAUGCCUUGCUAUUAUUUGCUGUUUAUUAAAUUUGCAUAUCGCCUUUCACCUGUAGAUCUCAGGGUGGUUAGUGGGUCUUUAGAUUUUGUGAGAGGGCUACAGCUCAUCCUUGACCCCUGGCUGUGUUGCCUGGGACUGAUAGGAAUCAAAGUGCAACAACAUCAAGAGAGUCACCCAUCCUCUAUCGCUGCUUCAGGUUGUCCUCAGAAUAAUCGCCCUACAGUUUCUUUAUCCUAGAAUCAUAGAAGUGUAGAUUUGGAAAGGUCCCUGAAGGUCAUCCAGUCCAACCCUCUGAAGUGCAGGAAUCACAACUAGAUCAUCCCUGACAGAUGGCCAUCCAAUCUCUGCUUAAAAACCUGCAAGGAAGGAGAGUCCACAAUCUCCCAAGGGAAUCUGUUCUGCUGUCAAAACAGCUCUUACUGCCAGAAAGUUCUUGCUGAUGUUUAGCCACAAUCUCCCUUUUUGUAACUUGAAGCCAUUGGUUUGAAUCCUACCUUCUGAGCAGGAGAAAAGAAGCUUGCUCCAUUUUCCAUGUAACAGCCCUUGAGAUAUUUGAGUAUCUUGUCUCCUCUGUCUACUCUUUUGCAGGCUAAACUUAUCCAAAUCUCGCAACAGUUCCAAAUAAGGUUUUGUUUCCAGACCCUUAAGUGCAGGCAUAGGCAAACUCGGCCCUCCAGAUGUUUUGGGACUACAACUCCCACCAUCCCUAGCUAACAGGACCAGUGGUCAGGGAUGAUGGGAGUUGUAGUCCCAAAACAUCUGGAGGGCCAGGUUUGCCUAUGCCUGCUUAAGUGUUUCCUGCCACCACCACCCCCCCCCCCGCCCAGUGAACACCUAAUUUUUCCUGGCAUCUUCCUGUGUAUGCUUUGCCCCUCAAAAAAAACUACAUUCCAUACUUGUGUGGACUACGGAUGUCUAGGAGAUGCUUGAUUCACUUUCCAAUAUUCAUCAUUUUUGCAGCCACUAUUGAGCAGAAAACAACUUCUCCUUAUUCAUUCAUUAGUUGGGUUAAAUAAUACAAUGUUUAUACUUUUAUCUAAUAGCAAAAUACCUUUUUUGUGUUUUUUUUAAAAAAUUUGCUUUUCUGUUUUAUCAUAUCAGUGCAUAGUAUGUUACACUCAAGCCUGUGGUAGUAAGAGAGAAAGAGAAAAAUAAAUAAAUAUAAGACAUAUAUCUAUAAAUAAUAAUAGUAACAUAUUCCUCCAGUUUAAUUGACUCUUAUGAGCUUUAAUUUUAAUUCCCCUUCCACUCUUUCUCUUGUUUCCUAUCUGUUGUCUUUUUGACUGUGUUUUCUGAUUCUACUAAAUUAUUUUCAUUACUUUACACUAUUCCGCUUUGUCACAUCUACUGCUGAGUAUUUUCCCCCCAGUCUGUUACACUUAUUUUCUUCUUAUAUUUUCCAUAUGUUCUAUAUAUAACGUCCAGUCCUCUUUUUAAAUUCUUACCGUCAAUAUUUCUUACAUCUAUUUGUCAUGCUGCCACGUUCUAUACAUUUUAAUAUUUUAAGGUGCCAUUCUUCUCUUGAUGGCCCUGCAUCUGUUCUCCACUUUUGUGCUACGAAAAUUCCUUCUGGGAAUAUUAACAAUAGAAAUCCCCAAAAACAAAACUGCUCUAUGGAUGUAUGUGACUACAGCUGUCCGAAUUCUAGUAAAAGACCUUUUGAAAACCAUUUGUGGAGCAGUUCAGUUUGUGGAGCCCUGCUGUUCAUAUGAGCCAGAGCAUAAGGUGUUUUGGGGGAAACACUAUUUUUUGCUGUGCCAAGGCAAACAGGUGCAGCUGAGGGGUUUAAACCCACCAGCGAAGUGCACAAUUUUGGGGAUUUUCUUCAGGCUACUGCCAGCGAGAUACCCACAGGUGGCCAUUUUCCACCCAGCUGGUGCAUUGGUUAGAGUUGCACAGUGAUUUAAAUGUGAAGCUCAAAAUCUUCUGUUUUGCAGAUUUUGGCAGCACCGCGGACAUCAUCAGAACAAUACCACAGGAUCUGUUUGCAGAGCUAGUAAGUAACUCCUUUCUCCCUUUUAAUCAUGGAUCAUUUUAUAGCGAUUUUGCUCCAUUGCGUGCCUUACGGUUUUUUAAUUCCCUUCCUAGUAUUUCUGAUGCGCAGUUUCAUGAAUGAGAAACAGUUUUGCUUCAGAGGAUGGUGGGAUGGAGCCAUGCUGUCUCCUCACAUGGGACUGGAAUAUAUUUUAAGACUUGAGAUGCACUCCACUGAAAACAGUGGAGCUUACUUCCGAGUAAACAUGCAUAGGUGACACAGCUCAUAAACAAUUCUACCCUCUACCACUUCACAUUUAAGGAAAGCUUCUUUAUUUGUCUCCAGGAUAAACUUCAGAUUUGUUUGUAUUAUUUAACUUAAUAAUACAAUUUUAAAAAAAUACCAUAUUGGCCUGAAUAUAAGCCACACCCACAAAUAAGCCGUACCUUUAAAAUUUGGGCGAGGGGAAGACAAUACCUGAAUAUAAACUGCUCCCUUAAAAUUCUGCAGGCACUCACACCCGUAAAUGGCAAAUGUAAGAAGAAAAUCCUAUAAGUAGUAGAGAGGACCCGCAAGUGGGUUAAACACCUGUUUGUAGCACCGUAAACGCAAAUAAAAAAUCCAUACUGCACUGUAAAAUACGAGGAAAGCGACGAAUGACAUUAGAAUUAAUUGCACAACAGUCUCAAGCUCGCAAAUUGGCGAUAAAACUUUUUUUGUUCCGUUUUACCGUAUGUCUGUUUCAGUAGCGAUAUUGUAAAAGCCAAUUUUCGUAAGGUCACGAAUUUAAGCCGCACUUUAACUUUUCACGGUCGGAAUUUGGAAAAAAAAAGUGUGGCUUAUAUUCGGGCAAUAUGAUGCUCUCCAACAAAUCAUUAGAGUUGAAACCGUUUUAGGUUCUAGCCUGUUAAUAUUAUGGCCGCAUUUGCACAUAACUCUAAGAAACCAUGGUUUAAUGUGAAAAUGAUGGUUCCUGGAGAGGAGACAGCAGCCACUUUGGCCAGUUGAUGUAAGCCAUAGUUUGGCAUAGUGUUACGUGCAAACCAGGCCCUUAUCGCUUUAUUGGCAAAUGUAGAGUGCUUGGCCAAGUAAGGACUAUUAUGUACAGACCCCCUUCCUAGGACAGCCUCUGUGGUUCAGCUGUCCAAGGGGGCUGGACUAGGUGAGCCAUUGGGUCCUUUCCAACUCUACAUUUCUAUUAAAUGUUUUUUUAAAAUUUUAAUUUCAUUUAUAGAAGUAUAUACAGUGGUACCUCAGGUUACAUACACUUCAGGUUACAGACUCCGCUAAUCCAGAAAUAGUGCUUCAGGUUAAGAACUUUGCUUGAGGAUGAGAACAGAAAUCGUGCUCCGGUGGCGCGGCAGCAGCAGGAGGCCCCAUUAGCCAAAGUGGUGCUUCAGGUUAAGUACAGUUUCAGGUUAAGAACAGACCUCCGGAACGAAUUAAGUACUUAACCCGAGGUACCACUGUACUGCUAUAUCAUUAAAAAAAAUAAUCUAGUGGCUUACAAUAGUACCUGUGUGUAAGAAAAACGCAUAAAAAUGUAAAAUCUGAGACCAUCGAUUUCCAUUAUGGAAAGACGUAAUCUUAAUUGCUGGCCUAAGCCAGGUGGCAUAGGAAAGUUUUCAGCAGAUGUUUAAAGGUUGAAACAGGAUGCAUGAUGAAUCUUUUUUGGCAGAACAUUAGCUUUAGUUGAUUGUUUACCGUUUAAAGGUAAGUUUCAUAUUAGCAAGUCUAAUACAGACCCAUUCUUGGAAAUACGGAUAUGCGAGAGAAUUUACAAUAGAAGCAAAGGACAUCCUUAAUGCCCUUUUAUUUAAUCUUUUUUUUAUUAUAUAUAGUUUAUUAUUUAUACCCCGCCCGUCAGGCUGAGUUUCCCCAGCCACUCUGGGCGGCUCCCAAUUGAGUGUUAAAAAUACAGCAUUAAAUUAUUGGCCGUCCUUUAGUACAGUAGCUCGCUAGAGCCAAAGAAGCCUAAAAAUAAAUCUUCCCUUUAACUCUCAGUCUCAGUUAUUUAAAUGUGUAUGCAUUAAUCAGUCAGCUAAAACUUCUGGUUAAAGCUUGUAGCCGUGGGUAGAUUAUGAAAAUUGUCCAGGCAAGGCCUUCCCUACCAUAAGGUUGAUGUCGCUAGCUGAUUGACAGUUGCCAUGUUUUUGAAUGAUCUUAAAACCAGGGAUUCUUCUACCGCCAUUUUAUCACUCUAUUGCCAUUGAAAGCAAAUGAAUGCUGUUUCGUUCCGGGGUUUGGGGGAGGGGGAAUCCUUUUAAUUUCCACAAAUUGCAUUUGCAAUUAGCAAGUAGUUGUCAUCUAAGAACCAUUUAAAAUCUUUCUUUGCAGUGUCAGCAAAUCAUUCAGAAUCUUCAGUGUCAGAUCCCAGCUGUGAACACAGUGGAACUAUGUCAGGUAAACUGAAUCGCUAAAACAAUAUUGCAUGCAUUUUAACAACACCCAUUAUUAAUUUGUCCUCUGCUACAACCCUAUGAACUGCGUUUCUCUCCUAGAGAUUUCAGGCAGCUGGGAUUGAAAUAGUCACUAGUGACCUGGAAAAGGUUGUUAAUGCCAUUUCCUUUGUAUUCAGGUAAGCAAACAUAGUCCUCGGAUCUCUUUAACUAUAUUGCUACUGCUUACUGCAUGGAAGAAAAUUAGUAUCUGUAAUUAUGAGCAGUGCUUCUGUGAAUUAAAAAUACUGAUUUACCCUUAUAGCCUAGUUUGUUAGCCUGCCCUAUAAUCAUCUAUGAUAUAUAGGGAUUCCUCAUACAUAUUCUUUGGUACACCAUUGGCCCAAGGCAAACCAUGAUGCUCUGCUUAACCUCCUUUACAGUGUCCUUUGUGAGAUAAUUCCAGAAUUCACUGGAGGAAGAGCAAGCCACAAGUAUGAUAAAUGAUCUAAUUUUGUUUAAUUGUAUUUUAUUUUAUUUGUGGGUUUUUUUACAAAAACCCUGCUAAAAUAGGUGUAAAACAGUCUUCCAGGGGACAAGCAAAAUUUAAAAUAAUAAUAAUAAUAAUAAAUUUUAUUUAUAUCCCGCCCUCCCCAGCCGAAGCCGGGCUCAGGGCGGCUAACAACAAUAAAACAGUACAAAAGUACAGCAUAAACAACACUCUAAAAUCAUUCAUUAUAAAAUUAAUUAAUUCAAGCCACUGGCAACCAUUGGGCCAGAGUUCCGCGAAGAUUGCCGAGGGAGGGAGUCAGGCUGUGCCCUGGCCAAAGGCCUGGUGGAACAGCUCUGUCUUGCAGGCCCUGCGGAAAGAUGUCAAGUCCCGCAGGGCCCUGGUCUCUUGCGACAGAGUGUUCCACCAGAUUGGAGCCACAGCCGAAAAAGCCUUGGCUCUAGUUGAGGCCAGCCUAACUUCUCUGUGGCCUGGGACCUUCAAGAUGUUUUUAUUUGAAGACCGUAAGUUUCUCUGUGGGGCAUACCAGAAAUCAGCUCUUUUCUGUUUAAAAUCUAGCAGUGAAGUCCUCCUUUCCCCUCCUUUCCUUUUUUUGUUUUGUUUAGCACAGCAGCAAAAGAUAAACUCUCGCCAGAAGAUCUGUCCACCAGGCUAGGAGGUGCAGCUGGUACUCUGCCCAAACAAGCUGUCCAGGUUCUUCGUCACGUCUGGAACGAACAGGGCAGCUCGAUCGCAGUGUCGGAAGAUGCCAAAAAUGUAGCAGUUGUUGGACGGGUAAAACAAUUUGUUUCAAAGGAAGUCUGCACUGGGGUAGCCUCCUUCGGCAGAGCAUGGUGUAAAAUUCUAGUUGCAUAUUGUUGUUGUCCCAUGACACAGUGUCCUGGUUUGCAUACCACAUUAAACCAUAGUUAUUUAGAAAAACCCCCUACUAUGGGUUAACAUGAACGAGCAGCACAAUGUUGCAUGCUGUGCAAAAGUUUCCAGGGCUCUGGCUAUCUCUGAGCUGCAGAUGUAGGAAUGUUGUUUUGUGCAAACUGGGGCUCGUGGUUUGUUUGGGGGAAGCAAACCAUGAGCCUGGGUUCAGACCAAAAAAAAAUCAUUAUUAAUUAAAUGACCAUUGGUUUCUAAGCUGUGUUUUAAUGUGGCAUCCAAGGUUUGCCGCAGCUCUGUUGACAUCAACGACAACUUGGUUCACAUCUGAAUUAGCACAAUCUGGUUUGCUGUGAACCAGAAUAUCAAGGAGGGAACAGGAGCAAGCGUGGGGAAGAAAGUGCGCAUGUGCCCAAGUCUGUUUAAUGGAAUGCCAAAGCAUGGUUUGGUACUGCAUUUGAACGCACUACCUGCGCAUUCUGCCAGCCUCAAAGAACUUGUAUUGGUCACGGUGUCUGAUUCUCUCCUCUCCCUCUUUAUUUAUUUGCAGCUUAUUGAUUUUCAGUGGAAGCUGGGGAUGGCAGUGAGCUCCGACAGCUGCAAAUCUCUGAAGUCUCCUUAUGUUACGAUGGCAGUAAAAGUGGCAGAUGCUUCAGGCCACAUCACAAGCAAAACAUUUGAAAUGACGGUCCCACAAUUUCAGGUUUGUAUAAUAACAUAACCCCUUCUAAAGGUUGGCACUUGUUCUAAGGUGGUUACAAAUCAACUGGGUUGCAAUGGAGAGCAAUGGGCCGGCUCAUAAAAAAGUAAUCCCUAAAAGCACCUUGGGAAAUAAUUGACAAAGAUUAGACCAGAGACAAACACCAGCCGGCUCCCUAUCUCCGUGGAAAUCCGAUAUCAUUAGAUACGAACAGACUCAACCCUCACUCACAAAUCAAGCAAAAGCAGUUGUUUCCUUGAAAGACGCACCCAACCUACCCCAGAGCCUUAAAAUUGUCUCCUGGAAUGUUAACGGCUGGGCGACAAAGCAAAUGGAUCCUGAAGCAAUGAAUCUCAUCUCUUCUUUCGACAUUGUAUGCCUCCAAGAGACCUGGUCCCAACAAAGUAUUGUUCUCCCAAAUUAUUGCUCCUUUAGCUCCUGUGCUCGUAAACUAACCAACAGGGGUCGCCCCUAAGUUGGCCUCGCCUGUCUUAUUUCAACCAGCUUACCCUCACUAUUUGCGAGAAAAUUAAAUCUUCCCCUUACUUUCUCACCAUAAAGAUUCAUCUCCCAAAGACCAAAAGCCCAUGGUUGAUAACUACAGUAUAUCUGCCCCCAGCAAUUAAUGAUUUCGACCGCAAUGAAAGGUGGUCUGAACUCUCGUCUUGGCUCCAUGAUCUCCAAACAACUAACCCAGGACUCCCUCAAAUCCUCUUAGGCGACUUUAAUGCAAGAAUAGGUCCCAACGACGAUGAUAUAAUAUCUCCCGCAGCACUCCUGGACAAUCCCUGCAGCCCCCUGGGAAACAGAUGCUCUCUUGAUCCUAUAACAAACGCUGCCGGGAGGCUGAUGGCCCAACUGGCCAUGGAAAACGAUCUCUGAAUCGCAAAUGGUAACAUUACUCCCUUGUCCUCGCAGCAUUUAACGUGCAUCACUUCCCGGGAACCAGUGUUGUCGACUACAUUUUAUUGACGCCGGAGCUAUUCUCAAUUUCUACAAAAAUGGAAGUGGCUGAAUAUUUUGGUGGUGACCACCUUCCAUUGACUCUAAUGUUAAACCUAAUAGAGCCACUCCCAGUCUCCUCAAACUAUAGAACCAUGGUACAAAGCCACCCUGUAUACAAAACAAAGAAAUGGACAAGCCUCAGCUCCUCUCUUGCCCUGGACAUACAAAAAUCAUUUGAUAUGUCUGCAGUUCCCUCUGAUCCAAUCCUGCCCGCUGACCAAUACCGGAAAUUACUUGAUGCUUUCUCAACAACUUACAUAACCACCACCUCGCCUACUUACCAACGCCUCUUCUCUGAAUCGCCCUGGUUUGACAAGGAAUGUAAAGCCCUAAGAAGGCGAAUUAGGAAAAUGGUCAGAAUCAUCAAAUCUUCCAACGACCCCCAAACCCGUGCAAAGCUCAUAGAUAUUAAAAGGACAUAUAGAAACAUGAUUCAUUGCAAGAAACAGCAGUACAUCUUUGAGGCUUGGUCCACUCUUCGUUCGGCUGUAGAGAGGCAUGACUCCCGCUCCUUCUGGCGCCUAGUUAGACUCUUCGGCACCAUUCAAUCCAGCUACCCAGAUUUCCGCGGAUGAAUGGAUUGCCUAUUAUUCAACUAGUUUCGCUUCUCCAAACCAUCUUACAGAUCUCCUUCAAUCCCCAUUGGACCUCAGUUCCUGCUCUCUUAGUCCCACUUCUUCAAUAAACUUUACUUCAACUCGCAUUUUCAACAUCAUAAUGUCAAUGCAAAGGAGUAAGGCCCCCCGGCCCAGACAUGGUCCCGUUGGACCUUUUCCUGACUGGAUCCUCUUUGGUGGAGCGAACACCUGACUCCUGUAUUCACCGCUAUCUCCUCCGCCCUAGACAUCCCCGACUCCUGGAGAGAAGCUAUAAUAGUUCCGAUCUUCAAAGGCGGCCAGCCAAACAUCCCUAGGAACUAUCGCCCCAUCAGCCUAUUAUCCAUCCCGGCGAAAAUAUUUGCCGCUGUUUUACUGGAGGAACUUCUCUCAUGGGUCCAGGAGAGGAACAUUCUACCGCUAGAACAGAUUGGCUUCCGAAAGUCAGCGUCAACCAUGGACCAUUGUCUAACUCUCUUUCACCUUGCCAGUAAAUACACUGCUCCAAGGCAAGGCCACCUAUUUGCCGCUUCAUGGACCUGGAGGCCGCCUUUGAUUCCAUUCCUAGGCAGAGAUUAUGGUCCAAACUUGCCCAUCUGGGAAUUGAUCCGCACCUUCUCUCCCUAAUUAUCUCCCUUUAUUCAAACGCCACAGCUCGCGUCCGAACUAGUCCAAACGGCUCCCCACUACUCCAUUUCCAACGGCCAAGGCGUCCGACAAGGCUGCCUCUUGGCCCUUUUACUGUUUAAUCUCUAUCUUCAUGAUGCAAUUUCCACUUUGAAGCUAGCAUCUAAGUAUCCUCCUCACUUAGCAGGCCACCCCGUUGCUUCCCUUUCUAUGCUGAUGAUGCCGUCAUCUUAUCCAGAACAGCUGCGGAUCUAGCAAAUGCAGUUAAUGCAUUUAUCGCCUAUUGUAAGGCGGAAGCUCUUAAUAUUAAUUAUAAAAAUCGAAAGUCCUCCACUUCACUCGCUCCCGCAAACUCAAGUUGGAGCCGCUUAAGAUCACAGGUGGCUACUUAGAAAAGGUAAAAGCCUUUAAAUAUCUAGGAUUAAUAUUCACCUAUAAUCUCUCCUGGACCACCCAUCUACAAUCUGCCUUUCUCGCUGCAACCACGACCUCUAACGCCAUUGUCCGAUUUUACCACCAGAAGGGCGGCAAACACCUUCCAGCAGCAAUUCAAAUAUUUAAUGCCAAAGUCGUCCCUAAAUUAUUAUAUGGAUGUGAAGUAUGGACUACAGCAAUAUCAGGUAACCUGGAUCGUCCACUUCAUAUGUUUCUGAGAUCUCUUUCCGGCGUCCCGAGAUGUGUCUCAGGUGCAGCCCUACGACUCGAGUUCGCCCAGCCUUCAACUGCUAGGACGAGCAUGGAGCCGAGCCAUUUCCUACACUCUCCACCUAUUAGCAUCGGAUGCUCGCAUUAGAGGUGGCUUUUCCAAUCUGAUCCUAAGAGAUAUUCAUAAUUCCCCAUUUAAAACUACAAUUAACCUCAAACUCCGCUCUCUUCUCAAUUUGAAUUGUAAAACUGUUCUUAACUUAGAGUGUAUCAGCCCGGUGGCCCUACCCCUAAUUAAAAAGAAACUACAGCAACUUGACUUCUCCAACACAGCUUCUUGUGCAAGAGGACCGUGUUCAGGCCUAGCCCUAGCUAUUCCACCCCUGAAGGGAUCCUCUAUACUGCUUCACAAUUUCUUCGGAGACUAAGCGAAGGGCUUUUACCUGUGCCUGCCUCAACUGUUUUCCUACAGCAGUUCUGUCGGGUCGUUAUUCCAGAGUUCCCAUCGCAAACAGAACAUGCUCCUGUAAUGACACGGCCCUGGAGACUAUGGAACAUGUAAUGCUCUUCUGUCCCAACUGGACAGAUGAAAGAUCUCGGUUUUUAACUCCCUCGUGAAUAAGUUCCAUCUCCCAAUCCAGCCUUGGAUAGUGUCCUCUUUUUGCAGGAUUCUGAUUGUUGGAUUACUGAGAUGACAGCUAACUUCCUGCUUAGUGUGAUGAAGAGGAAAGCGGCACUAACUUCUUCCUUAACACCACAGAUGCAGUCGAUACGCCGCACAACCGAACGAAGUUCCAAGUAGCCUUAUUGUACAAGGACAAUCGAGUUAGGACAAAUCUGAGGAGCUGAAGGACCCUUCAACGGUCCUCCUCCAGCCUCAGCAGCUUCUUUUUUUUUUUUUUUCACUUUCUCUAAGUAUUCGCCCAGGACGAUGUCUACCUCUACCUCCCCACCCCCAUUUUAUGUUGUUAUUUCAAUGUAUAUCAUGCUAUGGCCACUCGGCUAAUGCAAUAAAUCUACUUAAAAAAAAAACUGGGUUGCAAUGGAAACGCCAUUGGUUUUCUGUGUUCCUGUUAACUUAAGACUCGAAAACUGGGGAAAUGCGUUGACUUUUUGAAAUACGUUUUGUGUAACGGUUUACUAUGAUUGGUUCUAGAAUGAAAGAGAGAAUUUGGAAAUUAGAGGAGAGAAGGGAGGUUGAAGCAGUGCAGAAGUAUGAAAAUGCCCUGACUGGGGAUUUGAACUUGGACAUACAAGCCAAACACUGUAGGUCAGCUUUCCCCAACUUGUGUCAUCCCAAUAUUUUGGACUGUAACUUUGAUCAGCCUCUGCCAGCCUGAGCAGCAGUUAGAGAUUUUGGUAGUUCUAGUCCUAAACAUUUGGGGGGCACCAGUUUGAAGUAGGCUGCUACAUCUCACGGACUGUGUAUCCAAAUAAUCGUAUAUCCUUUCCUUUUCUUUCCAUUUUAGAACUUCUACAAUCAGUUCAAGGAAAUGGCAGCCGUCCUUGAGACAGUUUGA